UAGCGCAGGACUCUCAACCCAGCUGCCUCCAAAGUGAGAACCAUGUCUCGGAAGAACCAAGGGUGGCUCGUCUUGGGGACUUUCCUCGGACUUCUGGCCUCGGCGCGGAGCAUAGGACGGGACGAGUUCCUCCCGUUCGGUGUGCGCGCAGGAGACCAUUCCCUGGAGCCCGGGACCGACCGGACGUCCGAACUUCAGCUCAACAAGCCAGUUCUGUUCUACGACAAGGCGUUCAACAGCCUUUUUAUCAACACCAAUGGGUUUGUCGCCACAGCAGAGCCGACGAGUGAGUCCACGUACUUGGGUAAAAUGCCCCCAGAGUUUGGCAUGAUUGCGGCUCUGCAGGGAGACCUGGACACAAGCGAUGGCGUUGGGAAAGUUUUCUUUCGUCAAGAUGCCAGCCCAGAUAUUUUGCGCCGGGCAGCCGAGCACAUCAACAGGGCCUUCCCCAGGGACGAUGAGGUGAAUCCUACCAACGUUGUGGUGAUCACCUGGAUUAAUGUCGCCAGCCACAAACCUGAAACUUUAGACAGCGACAAGAAGAGGAACAACUUCCAGCUGGUUAUCGCUUCCUUGGACACUGCCUCAUAUGCUAUUGUCCUCUACACAAGAAAUGGAAUCCAGUUUUCCUCCACACCUGCAGGAGACAGUCAUGCGAUCAUGCAUGCUGGCUUCAGCCAGGGUUUGGUCAAGGGUUACUUCUUUGACAGUCAGGGAAAAUAUUACCGCACCACCAAAGAUGAGGAAGAAAGCGUGAGGGCUUUAGCAGUGGAGACUAACUCCGGCCUGCGAGGUGUAUGGGUGUAUGAGAUUGGCACCUACCCCUACUUUAGUAACGUGAAACCUGGGGAGGUCACAGACCUGCCUACCGAGACCCCGCAGCAGGUCUUUGAUUCACAGCAGUCUGUUCUGACUGAUGAACAGUUUAAUGUCACUCCAGAUGCAGAACAGAUUCAGGUCCACUCAGUUCAAUACCAGCCGGAGAACCCAGAGGUGGUAGUGAUCGACGACUCAGACAUUAAUGUAGAUGUGUUUUCAUACAACCUUGGGACAUGUACCAACAACAGAAACAAGUGCUCCCAGUUUGCAGACUGCAGAGACUAUUCAAGUGGAUAUUGCUGCCACUGCAGACCGGGCUACUACGGCAAUGGAAUACAGUGUGUAGCGGAAGGAAAACCUCAAAGAAUGAAUGGUAAACUAUAUGGGAAACUAUAUGCAGGCGAUUCCCUGUUCCCGGUGGAGUUCAGUGGCAAUGAUCUCCACUCGUACGUCGUGGUCAACGACGGACGAUCGUACGUUGCCAUCAGUGGCAUUCCUGAGUCUGUCGGGCCCUCCAUGUUGCCUCUGUUGGCCCUGAGCAGUGUUAUCGGGUGGACAUUUGCUUUGGAACAGCCUGGCUACAGGAAUGGAUUCAGUAUCAUUGGGGGCGAGUUCAAGCGGCAGGCUGAAGUGACCUUUUUCCCUGGGAAUGAGAGGCUGACAAUCAGGCAGGAGUUCAAGGGCACAGAUGAGCUGGACCACCUGGUGGUGAGCACCACCAUGGACGGCCGGGUCCCUGAGGUGCCUCUUGGCUCCACCAUUCAGGUCGAUCCAUACACUGACAUCUACCAGUACAACAACAACUUGAUCACCUCGUCCUCUACGCGGAAAUAUAUAGUGAAUAUGCCUGAUGGGUCCACUGAAACCAGGAGCUAUCAGCGUCGCGAGACCAUCACCUUCCAGAGCUGCCAGCACGACGAAUCUCUGCGAGAUGUGAAUACCCAGAUGCUCAAAGUGGACCAAAUCUUUGUCUUCUUUGACUCUAAUAAUAAUCUCCUUCGGUACGCCAUGAGCAACAAGAUUGGGGACGUCAACGGCGGUCAGCAAGAGGAGAACCCGUGUUUCACCGGAAGACACGGCUGUGACACCAAUGCUGUUUGUCGACAUGGUGAGGGGAUCCAUUUCACCUGCCAUUGUGCUGCUGGGUUCAAUGGGGACGGACGGACAUGUUACGACAUUGAUGAGUGCAGAGAGACUCCUCACAUCUGUGGGUCUAACGCUAUCUGCAACAAUCAGCCUGGGACUUUCCGCUGUGAAUGUGAGGAGGGGUAUCAGUUCGGCAGCGAUGGACGGACUUGCAUUGAAGUCGAUCGACCUGUGGACCACUGCGACGAAGGCACCCACACCUGUGAUAUUUCUGAGCGCGCUCAGUGCAGCUACACUGGAGGCUCCUCCUACAUUUGCUCCUGCCUGCAGGGCUUUGUGGGGGAUGGACGCACCUGCCAAGAUAUAGACGAGUGUCAGCCCGGCAGGUGCCAUCAAAACGCAGUGUGUGUCAACACCCAGGGUUCUUUUGUCUGCCAGUGCCAGCCAGGCUACAGUGGGAACGGCAUCCACUGCUCUUCAGAGAGGACCAAGACUCGAUGCGAGACCCACAGAGACAGUCUUCUUGGUGGGGCUGGGUUCGGUCCACCACGGGCCCCCCGACCUCCUGUCGGACAGUACAUCCCAGAGUGUGACGUUAACGGUGAUUACGUGCCCACCCAGUGCCACGGCAGCACCGGGUACUGCUGGUGUGUGGACCGUCACGGACUAGAGAUCGACGGGACGCGCUCUGCUCCCGGCAGCAGACCGAUGUGUGUUGACCACAACAUCGCGCCCACACCUGUUGGGCCUCGGCCCCGACCCAACGUCCAUCUCCCUCCAGGGACACACCUGCUGUUUGCUCAGAGCGGCAGAAUAGAGCACAUCCCAUUGGACGGUUACGAUAUGAAGAAGGAUGAUGCUAAACCUGUCCUUCACGUCCCAGGAAACGUUAUCAUUGGAGUUGCCUAUGACUGCGUGGAAAAAAUGAUUUAUUGGACGGAAAUAACGUCUCCUUCAAUUAGCAAGGCCAGCGCAGAUGGCGGGGAGCCCACCACUAUCAUCAGAUCCGAUUUGGAGAGCCCAGAAGGUAUCGCGAUCGACCACUUGAGCCGAACGAUGUUCUGGACCGACUCUAUGAAGGAUAGGAUCGAGGUGGCGUCUCUGGACGGGUCCCAGCGUCGUGUCCUCAUAGACACAGAUCUUGUGAACCCUCGAGCGAUCAUCACUGAUCCUGAAAGCGGAAAUCUUUACUGGGCCGACUGGAAUCGCGACGCCCCCAAGAUAGAAACCUCCUACAUGGAUGGGACCAACAGAAGGGUUCUGGUUAAGGACAACCUUGGUCUGCCGAAUGGACUGACGUACGACCAUCAGAGUUCUCUGCUGUGUUGGGCAGACGCUGGUACACAUAAACUGGAGUGCGUGAAUCCUGGUCGGGGAGAUCGCAGCACGGUUUUAGAGGGGAUUCGGUACCCGUUUGGGAUCACGUCAAUUGGAAAGAACAUCUACUACACUGACUGGCAGAGGGACGCCGUGAUUGUGGUGGACCGCUUUACCGGGCAAGAGUCGGACGAGUUCCACCCUCAGAAACGGACCAGGCCGUAUGGGAUCACCACCGCUUACGCCCAGUGUCUUUCAGGUCAAAAUUACUGUUCUGGGAACAACGGAGGAUGCACUCACCUGUGUUUACCGACACCAACCGGCCGCUCCUGCAAGUGUCCCGACAACGCCGCGGCCACCGGCUGUAUCGAGAGCGGCUACUGAGGGGAAGCCGUGAAAUCUGGAGCCGCUCAGCGUUACUAAAUUUUAACCGCUGAAAACCGAAUGAAGUUAAUGGUGCCUUUUACCGUUCAGUGUUAUUUCUUAUGUAUAAUUUUAUUUUUUUAAUUUUGACACCUACACAAGUCACAGCCACCCCUGAGAUCUACUAAUAGGUUUACCCUUUUUUAUCCUGAGUGCACAUAAACUGAGUCGAAAGCUCAAGGGAUACAUAAUUUAAUGUGAAAUUUGUUGCAACAGUAUCUCAUUUCAGGUGUUACACUGUGCCGUGUUUGAAUUACAGCUUCUUUUACGUUAAGAAACGGGGUGAAAACAUCUGUGGCGCUGGUAGAAUUACUUCACAUCCUGACCGGCAAAAGAAAUAAAAGUGUUUCUACCAGG